CUUUUAGAAAAACAAAAUCUGCUCUACCCAAGAAAAAGAAUGGCUCCUUUCAGUAUGUGUAUGGAGAGCGAGGAAAGAAACGUAAACUUUUCCCAGAGUUACAAGAAAAUAGUCUCCUCUCUUUCAAGUUUCAAAGACCCGACACACAGACAGAUAGUUGAUUCAAAAGUGGAGACGAUCUCUAGACUAGCCCAAUGGAGGAUUGAGAAUUUUGGUCCUUGUUCUUUAAAAAAAUCCGACCCUUUUAAGCUCGGCAUCUGGAACUGGCAGUUGUCUGUGGAGAGGAAUGGAUUGCUCUACAUUCGUUUGUUUCCAGAGCCAUCUCCAGCUUCCAAAGAGCAAUCUCCUAUUGCUAAAUUUAUUCUUCGUGUUUAUAGUGCUGGAGCUAACCCCAGAACCUAUGCUUCUCCUGUUCAGGAGAGAUUGCUGCGGACAUGUGAUGACUUUGUCUGGCCUGUUGAUUCCACCUUCCAUGGCCGUUUCACUAUUGAUGUCGAGUUUCUAGACCUCAAGGUCUGCCUUUCGAAUGGUGAGGAGGCCUGUUCCAUCUGGCAUAGUGACGGUGUGACGCAGUGUUUUUCCAACCAAAGCACACAUCGUUGUCUAUCUCGCAUGCUGGAUGAGGCCAUCUAUGCUGAUGUUACCAUCCACACUGCAGAUGGCACUUUAAGAGCACAUAAAGCAAUACUUUGUGCCAGUUCACCUGUUUUUCGGAGCAUGUUCUAUCAUGACCUGAAGGAAAAAGAGUCCUCUACGAUCUACAUAGAAGACAUGUCAAUGGAGUCUUGCAUGGCUUUUCUCAAUUACAUGUACGGAACCAUUAAACGAGAGGAUUUCUGGAAGCACCGGUUAGAGUUGCUUGACGCCGCAAACAAAUAUGAUAUUGCAGAUCUUAAAGAUGCCUGUGAGGAGAGCCUCUUGGAAGACAUAGAUUCUGGAAAUGUACUUGAGAGGUUGCAAGAGGCCUGGCUUUACCAGUUGGACAAACUGAAGAAAGCAUGCUUGACAUACUUAUUUGAUUUUGGGAAGAUUAAUGAUGUUAGAGAAGAAAUCAAUAAUUUUUUUGAGCAAGCAGACAAGGAAUUGGUGCUGGAAAUGUUCCAAGAAGUCCUGACAGUUUGGAAGCCCUUAGUAUUUACCUUGUGAAAACCUCUUUGAGGUGAUAUAAAAAAAACCAAUGGGUCUCAUGUUUUGAGUCCACGUGGAUCGAAUUGUUAAUUUGGUUUUGGUGUUGAGGGUGUGAAGGUUCAUUUGUACAGUAGUAACUAAUGCAGAAUAUUGUUCUGGAUUUGAAUUGGAUGAGGUGCUCAUUCUUAUUGCCCUGUCCAAAGAUAUUAUUUUUCAAAUAUCUAUCUACUGGUUCUUACAAAUGAGAUUAGAAGUAAAAAGAAUGGUACUUUGAACUUUAAAGGAUGUUCUACUCUUGGCCACAGAGUUCAAUCCGGUGGUGGUGGGAGUCAAGAAGUCAUUAUAUUUAAUGAAGUUCACUUAUUCAGCAGAGCAUUGAUGUACAUGUAGCUGACUUGAAUUUUAAAGGUAAGUUAU